AUGGGGACUGUCGAGACAGCCGUUCCCCAGACCAUCCCAACCAUUGACAUCAGUCCAUUUUUGUGGCAAGAUGCUACCGAAGAAGCCGUGCAGGAUGUCGUUGAAGCUGUCCGCCGUGCAUGCACCACAUAUGGCUUCUUCUACCUGACCGGUCAUGGUGUUUCCACAAGCGAGCAGAAUAAGGCACUCUCUUGCUCCAAAAGAUUUUUCGAGCUGCCCAUGGAAGAAAGAAUGAAAGUUGCCAUUUCGAAGUCCGUGGGGAAGUCCUUCCGAGGGUAUGAACCUCCCGGAAUCCAAGUCCACCAGGAGGGUCUGUUGCCCGAUACAAAAGAGGCAUUUAUUAUCGGCGCAGAGAUCCCUGAGGAUGAUCCAGACUGCGGUAGCUUCUCUACGGGCCCAAAUCUUUGGCCGGACGCUAUCCCUGAGAGCGAAUUCCGCACUCCUAUCAUGGAGUAUCAAAGCACAAUGGUGAAUUUGGUGAAAGUUCUCCUCAAAAUCCUCGCUCGUGGCCUUCCAGCAGCUUGGAAUUGCCCGCCAGACGUUUUUGACAAGUUUGCGGAAAAUCCCUCCAUUCCAAUGAGACUUUUGCACUAUGCUCCUCAGCCCGUCAAGCACGAAAACCAAUUCGGAGUUGGUGAUCACACGGACUUCGGCGGAAUCGCAAUCUUGCUCCAAGAGCCAAAUACAGAAGGACUCGAAGUUUGGUAUCCACCAACGAAAACAUGGAUCCCAGUUCCGGUAAAGGAAAAUUCCUAUGUGAUCAACAUCGGCGACAUGCUUCAGAAAUGGACGGCAGGAUACUAUCGCAGUGCUCGGCACCGGGUGAUCAACUCGAAUGUAAACCACCGAUACAGCGUUCCAUUCUUUUUGAAUGGGAACCUGAAAUUGAAAACUGUGGCACUUGACGGAUCGGGAGUUGAGACUGUUGUAGGAGAACACAUUCGGCAGAGGUUGAUUAACACUAUGGGCGAAAGCGGAAAAGUCCUGGCUUGA